UUGAAGAACAGUUCUCCAUCCUCAUUUCUUCCCCCUCCUCUCGAAGCUCGAUCUACCCAACCAAAAUCUUCGGGAGAAAGGAAGCGAAUAGUCUCCGGCCGUCGUUUUCGCCGUUGGCAGCCGCUCAAGCAAAUCACAGUCGAGAUGAAAGAGACUAGGGAAGGUCGGGGCGAUAGGACUACGAAGCCUUCGACGGCUGGCUCUUCUCCUCUCAUCCUUGAUAUAGAGGACUUUAAGGGAGAUUUCUCAUUUGAUGCAUUGUUUGGGAGCAUGGUCAAUGAUUUACUCCCAGCAUUUCAACAAGAUGAUGCGGAUUCUGCAGAAGGACAUGGCCACGUUGGUGGGACUGAUGGCAUGCCCAAUGGGCAUGUAAGAGCCCCAUCUGAUGCGACAAAGUUCGCACAAGUGGUAUCUUCCCCUUUAUUCCCUGAAGUAGAUGCUCUCUUAUCUCUGUUCAGGGAUUCUUGCAAGGAGUUGAUUGACCUCCGAAAGCAGAUUGAUGGAAAGCUGAACAAUCUGAAAAAGGACGUCACUGUCCAGGACACAAAGCACAGGAAGACACUUGCUGAGCUCGAAAAAGGUGUGGAUGGCCUGUUCAGCAGCUUUGCUAGGUUGGAUUCACGCAUUUCUAGCGUUGGACAAACUGCUGCCAAAAUUGGAGAUCAUUUGCAAAGUGCUGAUGCCCAGAGAGAAACUGCCAGUCAGACAAUAGAACUCAUAAAGUACCUGAUGGAGUUCAACAGCAGCCCAGGCGACUUAAUGGAACUGUCACCUUUAUUUUCAGAUGACAGCCGUGUUGCAGAGGCAGCAUCAAUUGCUCAGAAAUUGAGGUCAUUUGCUGAAGAAGAUAUUGGAAGGCAAGGCAUUUCUGUAUCAUCUGUUGUGGGGAACGCCACAGCUAGCCGGGGUUUGGAAGUUGCAGUUGCUAAUCUUCAGGAUUACUGUAAUGAACUUGAGAAUAGACUGCUGUCCCGGUUUGAUGCUGCAUCACAAAGAAGGGAAUUGUCUACGAUGGCAGAAUGUGCCAAAAUAUUGUCUCAGUUUAACAGAGGCACCAGUGCCAUGCAACAUUAUGUUGCGACCCGUCCAAUGUUCAUCGAUGUGGAAGUGAUGAAUGCUGACACCAGAUUGGUGUUGGGCGAUCAAGGUUCACAAGUUAGUCCUAGCAAUGUUGCCCGCGGCCUUUCUUCCUUGUACAAAGAAAUCACAGAUACGGUCCGGAAAGAAGCAGCAACAAUUAUGGCUGUAUUCCCUUCUCCUAAUGAAGUCAUGUCAAUUUUGGUUCAGAGAGUUUUGGAGCAACGAGUUACCGCUCUUCUAGACAAAUUACUAGUGAAACCAUCUCUUGUGAACUUACCUUCUAUAAAGGAUGGUGGACUUUUGCUAUAUCUUAGAAUGCUAGCAGUGGCAUAUGAAAAGACACAGGAGCUGGCUAGAGACCUGCGUGCUGUUGGAUGUGGUGACUUGGAUGUGGAGGGUUUGACGGAGUCUCUGUUUUCUGCUCACAAGGAUGAGUAUCCUGAACAUGAGAGUGCAUCGCUUAAGCAACUUUAUCAAGCAAAGAUGGAGGAAUUGCGUGCUGAGGGCCAGGUAUCUGAGGGAAGUGGGACUAUUGGACGUUCAAAAGGAGCUUCGGUAGCAUCGUCACACCAGCAGAUAUCUGUCACUGUUGUGUCAGAAUUUGUUAGGUGGAAUGAGGAAGCAAUAUCAAGAUGCACAUUGUUUUCGUCCCAGCCCGCAACACUUGCUGCUAAUGUAAAAGGAGUGUUCACAUGCUUGCUAGAUGAGGUCAGCCAAUAUAUAACAGAAGGGCUUGAACGUGCUAGAGAUGGCUUGACAGAAGCUGCAGCUUUGAGGGAAAGGUUUGUGCUGGGCACAAGUGUUAGUAGGAGGGUGGCUGCUGCAGCUGCAUCCGCUGCAGAAGCUGCUGCAGCUGCUGGCGAGAGCAGUUUCAGAUCCUUUAUGGUUGCUGUUCAACGUUGUGGCAGCAGUGUUGCCAUAGUUCAGCAAUAUUUCGCGAAUUCUAUAUCCCGGCUCUUGCUACCUGUGGAUGUUGCUCAUGCUUCUUCAUGCGAAGAAAUGGCAACAGCUAUGUCGAGUGCAGAGGGUGCUGCUUACAAAGGGCUUCAGCAAUGUAUAGAAACAGUUAUGGCAGAGGUUGAGCGAUUGCUUUCGGCUGAACAAAAGGCAACUGAUUACCGGUCACCUGAUGAUGGUAUUAUUCCUGAUCAUCGUCCAACAACUGCAUGCACGAGAGUGGUGGCAUACCUUUCACGUGUCCUUGAGUCUGCUUUCACUGCAUUGGAAGGCCUUAACAAGCAAGCUUUCUUAACUGAAUUGGGGAAUCGCUUACACAAAGGACUGGUUACUCAUUGGCAGAAGUUCACUUUCAAUCCCAGUGGAGGCCUGCGGCUGAAACGUGAUAUAACAGAGUACGGAGAAUUUGUCCGCAGCUUCAACGCUCCUACCGUUGACGAAAAGUUUGAAUUGUUGGGCAUAAUGGCCAAUGUAUUUAUUGUGGCUCCUGAAAGUCUCUCUUCUUUGUUCGAGGGUACUCCCAGUAUCCGGAAAGACGCACAAAGGUUUAUCCAGCUCAGGGAUGACUACAAGAGUGCAAAACUUGCAUCCAAACUCAGCUCCUUGUUUGCAAGCUCUGGUUGAUCAGAACCUGCAACCUGCAUUCAAGCAUCUGCGACUAUGGGAGCUACUUUUAUCUCGAGCAUUUGAAGUGGGUACUGGUGGAAGAUAUUGCCUGAAGUCGGUCCUUGCAGAAUGUGCGAACGCCAAACUUAACAGACGAAGAGCUGUUUUCGAAGCUGACUAGAUUGCGGGUGUGGUCGGACUAGAGUUAUGAUUGCCCGUUAGAGAUCAUGUAUUUCCUGAUUUGAGGUCUGUAAAUUGUUCAAACUAGUGGAGGUAAUAGAUUUUAAUCUCUCAAAGGCUUGAUUUUGUUCUAGGCAAAGAGGCUUGCAGUUUUGCUUUCACCUCUUGUUGGAGGAAUGGGUUUUCCAUGUAUCCUUUGUAAAUGACUGAUAUUUAGGAGCCUGAGUAGACACAAAGUUUGCGCAUUACUUAAAAGUGUCCGUUUUGCUGUUUUAGAGCGGUGCUCGAUACGUGUGUGUUUGAGUUGGAAGUUAGACGAAUGUUAAUUCUACUAGGGUUCUGGCUCUGGAUAUUUGUUUGAUUUGUUC